CAGGAAGCUAGAAUGAAACUUCCCACCACAUGGUUUAUUCCAUGGUUUCCCAUCUAUCUUGACUGCAGUCUAGGACUGCCGUUCUCAAAACGCAAAAUUACGUUGGCACCUGAGUUUUCACUGUGCACCAACAGAGGGAAAAUAAUUCUGCUGCACACAACCUGCAGUGUUUACGGAAUGAUGAUAUGAACUCCAUCAUAGCAUGAUGCUGUGAAGAACUAUGAAGCAAUGGCUAGAAAUAUACUCUGUGUCCGACUGGAACAUACCACAAGGCAGCGCUGGCAGAAAGUGUUGUAUAAGAGGCAGUCAUUUCCUGAUAACUAUGUGGAUCAAAGUUUCUUAGAGAAGCUGCGCAAGAAUGUCCACGCACGCAAGUACCAGUACUGGGCAGUGGUGUUUGAAUCUGGAGUGGUGAUACAGCAACUGUGUAGCGUUUGUGUCUUUGUCGUCAUCUGGUGGUACAUGGAUAUGGGCCUGCUGGCUCCUCAGUGGCUGUUUGGAGCUGGCUUGAUCUCUUCCCUGAUUGGUUAUGUUCUCUUUGAUGCCAUUGACUCAGGAAUAGAAAGAAAUCAAAGUGGCCAGACACGAUGGGGAGAUCUGAAGAAUUCCGUGGUAUUUGUGGCAUUCACCUAUGGUUUUUCUCCUGUACUGAAGACCUUAACUGAGUCCAUCAGCACUGACACUAUUUAUGCUAUGUCUGCCCUCAUGCUCCUAGGACAUCUGAUCUUCUAUGACUAUGGGGCAAAUGCAGCUAUUGUGUCCAGUACACUGUCCCUCAAUAUGGCUAUCUUUGCUUCAGUCUGCUUAGCUUCACGGUUGCCACGGUCCUUACAUGCCUUCAUCAUGGUGACAUUUGCUAUCCAAAUAUUUGCCCUGUGGCCUAUGCUACAGAAGAAGCUCAAAGCUCAAACCCCCCAUUGCUACAUGAUAAUUACCUUGCUCUUUGCUUUGUCUGCCUUAAUGGGACUACUAACCAUUUCCAUCGUUGGCACUGUUCUUUUUGCCCUCCUUUUGAUUGCCAUCUCAUGUUUGUGCCCUUAUUGCCUCAUUAGGCUGCAGCUCUUCAAGGACAAUAUCCACGGGCCUUGGGAUGAAGCUGAAAUCAAGGAAGAUUUAUCCAAGUUCCUUAUGUAGACCAGAAAUCCACACUUUGGGGUUCAGUUCUUCCAAUUAUUCUAGUCCUGGCUAAUAAAAGUUUGAAUAGAUAAGGAAAGCAGAAGCAAUUAAAGCAAGCAGAAAUGAAAUACAUGAAAAUGCCUGAGAACAAUUUAUUCAUAACCUGACAUGUUUCCAAUAAAAAUCGUUUAUCAAGAA